AUGUACCCUGAAUAUUAUAUUGGGUAGCAAAAGCAGACCUAACCAAUAAACAAAAUAACAUCAUCUUACAACCCAGUUGUCCAGGAUGUUCCCAGACAAAGAUUACCAAAUGAAAAUCCAAAAGAUUACAUGUUAUCCGCUUACACAUCACUAAUUCAUGUGAUUGACAUAACUUCAACUUCAGCCAUUUACAGAGUUGAUCCAUUCGCAAAAUAUCUCUGUUGUUGGACCAAUAUUAUAAGUUAAGCAGAAAUAAGUGCUAUUUAGGAGAGAACAAAAUGGAAACAUCCUAAUUUAGUUUGUUUUUUGUUCUAUUAGGAUGCAAGUGAUAAGUAUGCUCAAACAAGAGAAUUCCGAAUAUAUUAUGAAUAUCUACCCUUGGAUGUGAAAUAAUUAAUAGAAAAGAGAUCUCAAACAAGCGAGUAUGUUCCAGAGGAAGAGAUUUGGAAGAUGAUCUCUGGUUUGUCAGAUGCAUUGUUAUUCUUAUAAAAAAAAGGAAUAUCUCAUUCUGCUUUGACUCUUGAAUCAAUAUAUUUUGAUGAGGAAUACUUAUUGUAUAGAGUUUAAGAUGUCAGUCCAUUUCGAGCAAAAGCCCCACAUCUCUUCAGCAAUGAAUUCUAGCCUCCAGAGAAUGGAUAAAAAUCAAAUAAAUUUAAAAAUGAUGUCUUCGGUGUUGGUAUGAUAGUCUUGUCGUUGGCAUUAUUAACAGAUUGCAGAGAUACUUAUAAUUAAGGAGUCUUACAAUUUGAUCGAUUAGAGGACAACCUUUAGAAGUUAAGAAAAUUGUAUCCAGGAAGAGUGGAGAAUGUGUUGAGAGCGAUGGUCGAUUUAGAUAAUGAAAGAAGGCCUGAUUGGAUUGAGUUUUAAUAGAUCCUUCAAUAACACAAGGAGAAAUAAGUCGGGUUGUCAGAAUAGUAGUCCAACAUCGUUUUAUAAAUAGAGAAGUAGAAGUGCAAGGGAAAUACAGAUGUAAACAUUAACAAUUAGGAGAAUGUGGAAAUGAAGAUGAAUAGUUAAAAAGGAGAUGGUUUAGAUUAAAAAUUAAUAAAUUUAAACAAAAGAAUAUAAGAAACUCUAUCAAAAAGUCUUAGUAAAAAUUUACGAUGA